AUGUCAACAUACAAACUUUAUUAUUUUAAUGCUCGUGGUCGUGCUGAAGUAUCCCGGUUAAUAUUUGCUGCUGUUGGUCAAAGAUAUGAAGAUAUUCGUUAUGAAUAUAACGAAUGGGUAUCACAUGCAAAUGAAAUGCCUUUAGGUGAAGUACCUGUUCUGGAAUUUAAUGGAAAGAAACUGCCACAAUCAUUUGCUAUUGCUAGUUUUCUUGCUAAACAAUUUCAGUUGGCUGGUAGAGAUAAUUUUGAACAAGCACAAGUUAAUGCUGUUGUUGAAACAAUUAGAGAUUUAAUAACAAUAUAUAUAUCAGUUCGUUGGGAACAAGAUCAAAUAAAAAAGGAAGAACCAAUGAGAAAAUUUCUUGACGAAGAAUUACCAGAACUUUUACAUAAUAUUGAAGUUUUAGCGAAAGAAUAUAGUAAUCAUGGUCCCUUUUUCGUUGGAAAUCAGUUAACAUGGACAGAUUUACUUUUUUAUAAUACAGGAGCUCUGGCGGGCCGGACACCGCUCUUUUGGCGCCACCUGAGCUGGUAA